AUGCCUCAAAGACGUAUGGUCGUACUACUGGCCUUCAGUCCCGAGCGGGCCCAAGCCGCAGAACGGACGUUACUUGAGGGCAGAUUGCGCUACAGCGGAAGGCAGGAAGGUGAGGCGGCACCCGUGGCCAAGUGCAGGGAAGCGUACGAGCGUUUGCCUGAAUUCGAGAAGGUACGCGGCCCCAAACUUGCGUCCAAAAGCAAGCAGGACUUCAAUCCCUAUCUCAACUAUGGUUUGGAGCACUACGACGAUGCCCUGCGGGAGUCGAAAGAGCUGAUGAUGAAGUAUGUGGAAGCGCUGUCGAAGCGGCGUGACCUGACUGCCACGGUCAUAGUGCUCAGCCUGCAGACGUUGCAGGACAAGCUGGCGCAAAUCUUUCCUCCGCUCCAGCUCAGCAAGUUACAGUGGCCAGAAUGCGGAACAAUGGAUGCCACCUCUUUUGACAUCAGUGACACCUGGCGGCAACCUUUCAGCGUGGAGCCCGCCUUUUUGGCUGCCCUGUGCAGGCUUGACACGACUUUACAGCGUCUCGCGCACGAGCUUGAGACUGAUGGCGGCUUUUUCAAGACGCCGUGGCCCGCAAUGGUGACUGUGGGCAGGGUAGAAGCGCUGAUGGUGAUCAACAUCUCGCAACUUCAAUACGUGGCGGCGAGCGUACUGCGCCUCGAGGUGGGAGAUUGUGGUGAGCGGCCACUGGGAAGUGAGGAGGUUGCAGCUGCUGCUGCUGCAAGGAAAGCAAGCUUGCGGGCGGCCAAGGCCAAGAGGCAGCGUACGGAGGUCAGAGGAGCAGACAGCGAGGUAUCCGAAGAUUCUCGCGCCGGAAGCUCAAGAGACAGAGAGGAUCAGGAGAGCAGCCGCGGUCAUCACCUCCAGGCGUACGACCCCUUCGAAGCCUGGGAGCAUGGCGGAACUGGGGCGACCUCCGAGUUCAAUUCGGCGGGUGAUCCCUCUAUCGAAGCGCUACGAGGGAUGGAAGCAUUCCGAAACAGCAGCCAGCCAUCGCUGGGCCUGGAUCUGAGUGAGCAGACUCUCGACGACGAUGAGGACGGGAACGAUAGAAACGCAGCUGUGGCUGGCGAUAAGGGAGUAGAGGAGGAGAUGAGUGUGACGAGGACGGCGCAGUUGUAUAAGCAUGCAUGCGUGAUGCAUAUGAGAGCCUCAGGGGCGCAGGUUGGGCCGGUGCCCUAG